AUGUCGCUUCAAUGUCCGCGAUGUACUUUCAUCGCUACCCUAAGGACAUGGCGGCCCCGCCAACUACCCCGCCAUACUCGUCUCAUACUCCCCACCAUCCCUUCUCGAACUCUUACAACUACAUUACCGCUUGACCGCAGUGUCACUGCCAGGCGCCGAUACGAGAAAUCUAGGCAGGAUAAAGAGGAGCAAACCGAGCAACAUGUCGUGGAUAUCCUACAAAGAAUCGAGGAAUUAGAACCGGGCGGCACACUUACGAUCCACGAGGAUGAGGAGCGUUUCAUGAAUGGUGUAUACCAGCACUACCAAAUAAACGAUGAAAAAAUCCCGAAAUUUAAACUCGAAGUUAUAAAGCGGACAGCUGUUGAGUUUUUGGAUGAUAGUGGGCUUUCGGCAUCACCCAAGAUACAGGGAGGUCGCAUAACAUUCGGAGAAACGAUGGAAUCAAAAUAUCCAAAUGCAUCGAAGAAGAAGUUUGAUCGGGGCGGAAGGGAUUCUGAUCCUCGACAGCUAGGAUUGGAAAAUCAAGGAUCUCCUUUCACUGCAUUUAGGCCAAACCUCGCGAAGGAAGUUUUUGCACCUCGAGGGCCCGAUCCUGAACAGAUUGGUUCUCAUCGUUUUCGUCCUACAUCACCACCAAUUGUUUAUGAAAACCAGGUUUCUACACCGACAAUGCGCGAGAAGCUUAUGAAUGAAUGGCGUAAGAAAGAGGAAGCUCAUAAAAUUGCCUACAACAAAGGGACGAGUGUAGAUGUGGUCCUAGAGAAAAUCAUGGAAAAUGCGGUAUGGCUGGAAGAAGCUACGGAGGAAGCUACGUCUAUAGAUGCAAGUUCUGGAGGGGGAUAUGAUAAUGCUUAUGAUCUGGACCCUGAGGCUUAUGCGUCAAGAAAUGUGGAUUUGGUUCCCGGCAGCUUGGUGGAAGUCAGAUAUACAGACGCAUCGGUUCCGUUCCUGGCCAUAUUCCUGAAGAACAAGACAGGAAACUACUCUCGUGAUUCCUUUGUACUCUCUCCACAGGGCGCUAUCCUAAUCACUGCUGUGGAUAUGUCCCGGUUCACACUCCCCGGGUUUAUUCCGGUGGAAAAAGUUGACGAACUUAUAAAAGAUUCCCAAACGACGGGACGACUAAAUGCGGACCUGGUACGAGACAUGAUAACACUUGUCCGUGAGUUCAGGGCAAGGGUGCAUCUUCGAUACCCAACCUUCAACGCAAGGAUCGAUAAAUUGCAUACAGAAUUACUCAGUCGUAACGAUGGUGAUGAGAAAGAGACGAAGGUUGUGACUACGGAUGAAGUCGCGAGGAUGAUGAUUGGAGAGGCGGAUCCUUCGAAGGAGGAUAGAUACGCUGCACAUAUAGCAUUGUUCGCGCGACGGGAUCUGUUCACGGUGGGCGAAGGAUGGGGAGAGGAGACUGUGUGGAACGUUAAAAGCUUGGAAGGAGUUGAAAGAGCGAAGAGGAUUGAGAAGUUGAUUAGAGACAGUAUUGCGGAUAAGGACUCAGAAGGUGGGAAGAUUGUCCAUGGUUUCGUGAGAAAGGCAAGGGAGAUCAUCGACUUGGGCAGGCAAGCUAGGAAAGAAGGGAAGAGUACCGAUGAGGUGAAAAACGAACUCACGGUUGAGUGGACUGACGAAGAGAUGGAGCUUCUAAGGGCGCUUGAGGAGGCUUUGGAAUAUAGACGUGGGCUGAGUGUGACACUCAAAUCACUGUAUCCACAUGUUCUAGGGCUAUUAAAUAGAUACGAUAAGGGCAAGCUACUGGAUGAACAACGACUGUUUGAAUUCCUAGGAGAAGUGGGAGUUUGUUCGCCCUGGGAGGAUUCGGUAUUAAGAGAGCGAGAGUUGGGUUUACCAGGUCACCGGGCUACUGUGGAGGCGGAGGACGAUGGAAGGCUAUAUGAUAACAUUGAGAAAGAGGAGGGCUCGGUGGAGAAGUUGGGGCUGAAGGAUAUAAUGGAGGGCUUACGACAUGACUGGGGGGAUAUGCCAGUUUAUUGCGUUGACGAUGCGGAAACGAAGGAUAUCGACGACGGCGUCUCGCUGGAGGAGAUCAAGAACUCGAAAGACGUGUGGCUGCACGUCCAUGUUGCCAACCCGACAGCUUUCCUUCCACUAGACCACUGGAUCUCUGAGAUUGCGGCGAAGAGAACGCAGACGUUUUACGGCCCGGCUAGGAAUUACCCGAUGGUUCCGUUAAGGCUUUCAGUUGAGAAGCUCGGGUUAGCACCGAAUCGGCCGGCGAUGACGUUUAGUAUACGGGUUGAUAGGGAGACUGGUGAACAUAAGGAUAUACAGGUUCGAGCUUCGACCGUGAAGAACGUGAAGCGGGUGUCAUAUGCGUACAUGGACAAACUACUCGGAGUCACGGCUGCAGAAACUGUAGUUUUGUCGAAUAAGCCGCAAUCCGAGAAAACCGAAGAGCCGGAACCGGAUGUUAACGAAAAGGACUUAGAAACCUUGAGGAACUUCCACAAGCUAGGAUAUAGGUUACUCCAACGUCGGGUACGAAACGGAUGUAUGGAGGUUUCGAAACAAGCCAGCCUCGAUAUUGUAGUCGAUAACGGACAUGGAAACGAAAUUCACCCCGGUCUUCUCAAGAAACCAGUUUUAGACGUCUACGAACCCACGAUCACAUUGAAGUUUUCGGAGUUGACGAGGUCGAAGGAGACCUUCUCGUCCGCAAGUGCAAUUCGAGAAGCUAUGACGAUGGCUGGUGAAGCGGCAGCCGUGUGGAGUAAUCAGAGAGGCCUGAUGCAGAUGUACCGGCAGCACGCCUUUAUAUGGCCCAGCAAAGCCGAAGAGAAAAAGUGGCUUGAUCUCCUAGCGAAGGCAAAGGGCGAAGAUGGUAUCAUACCCGUUGACUUCUGGAAGCUUUAUUUCCCGGCUGGAGGGUCUAAAAUAACACCCCGGAUGGAGAGACACAUGGCACUGGGACUGGAAGGCUAUGUCAAGGUUACCAGUCCUCUUCGAAGAUUUGCAGACUUUGUGAGCCAUCAUAUCAUUCAGCGACAAAUAUUGGCGGAGCACGAAGAAUAUAAAGGCGACAAGGAAGCGUUAAAGAAACCCAUGUUGACGGAGACGGAAGUAAUGAAUUUCUGUAAGGAUAUUCGGCACAGGGAGCAGAUACUCAAGAGCGCGGACAAUGCGACUCUAAGACUUUGGAGCAUUAGGCUGCUGAAGCAGCUCUGGAAAGCUCGGGAUCCAAGGCUACCGGAAGAAGUCGAUAUCGAGGUUAUCAGCGUUGCGACGCAUCCUACUCCAGUCUCCGGAGAGAUCAAGGGAUUGGGAGUUUCUGGAGCUAGAGUCUACUUGCCGGGUAAUAUUGGAAAGUCGGUGAAGUACGGGGACGUUGUGAAGGGGAAGAUUUCGCCGUGGCAUUGGUCUACUGAUUCGAACAAUGCGCAGAUUGUGGCAUUCGAGUAUACGGAUUUCGUGAAGCCCAUGAGCGAUGUUAGGAGUGAGUUCUUUGAGAGAAUCGGGGAGGGGGUUAGGUGGGAGUAG